CACUCUAGUUUGUUGAAAUACCAAAUAUAAUCCGUAUGGGGAGUGGGUACUUAUAUGGCCGUGAGGGCUACAAAGACAAUGAGUACCAAGGAAGAAGUCGAGGCUUUGACCAGUAUGGGUCAAGAAGUAGAAGCACUGAUCGAGAUAUGGACAGCACAUAUGAAGAUGAUGGCAAAUAUUCUUCUAGUAAUGCACAUGAGACAUUGACACGGCUUGCGUCGAAACUGGAGAAAUUGCUAAGAACGAAUGCAAAGCCCUCGUUGAAACUUAUGAUUGAAGAGGCAACAAGGCAAGCCAAAGAAGAUGAGGAGAAGAUCAAGGUGGAAUUUUUACAAUCAACUAGUUCUGGAAGAUAUGAAACUAUGGGACACAAUAUGAGAAUGUGUAAGCAAUCUCAGCCACUUAACGAUGUACAGAAGCGAAAAACGAUGAUCUAAUGACUAAAUGAUGAUGCAAAACUCAUUUACCAUGUCAUCACGCAUUCGCUAGAGACUAUUAAUUUAGGUUGCUAAAUGUCUAUGCUUAACAUUCUAUGUUGUGUAAUCGAUUAUAUUAUAAAUUGGAUGAUUCUCGUGCAU